AUGGAAGUCAAGCCCCGCGUCGGUUCGCCAGCAACGGUCACCAGCGGUGUCAUAGUGCAGAGCGCGCUAGUGUCCUUGAUUCCCGAGGCCGGAAGCGAACCUGCGCCCAGUAGUUUGCCAACCGGUGCCGGCAGUAGCACGCCCGUAGCUAGUACCGUAGGUCAGGCAGGACAUCUUUCAGAGCGCACGCAGGAUCCAACGCCCGGAACGGCAACGACAGCGACGACGACGACGACGACGUCCGUGAAGGGAACCGUUCUACCAUCCGGUCCCGGUAAGCGAUCGCCCUCGGUUGGAACGCCCGCGAAGGGCUCGAACGUGUCCGGUGGAAGUGCAACGACCGGUUCGACCUCGUGCAUAGCGAGCCCCAUCCUUAGCCCGCCGGGUAAAAUAUUUGGCCGCAACAACAACGGAAUCAUGGUGGUCACGUCAACUCCUUCGAACGAAGCGGAACUUCAGCUGUAUCGCGUGUUGCAGCGGGCGAGCCUGCUCAACUACUACGACACCCUGCUCGAGAUGGGCGGAGAUGACGUACAACAGCUGUGUGAUGCAGGCGAGGAGGAGUUCCUGGAGAUCAUGGCUCUAGUCGGGAUGGCGUCAAAACCUCUGCACGUGCGUCGUCUCCAGAAGGCGCUGCACGAGUGGAUGACCAACCCAGCCGCGUUCCAGAGUCCACUCACCAACGCCGACAUUCCAUCACGCAUCCCUUACAGUCCCGAGCCAGGAUCGAUCGCGCGUAGUGUCACGGUAGCUGGAACGGGCGCGUAUGGAGGCGCCUCAUCUGUGGCCGGAAGCUUUUCUAACCUCACCGCCAAUGCGUCCUCCAGCACAAACCACCCGCUUUCGGGGGCACCUACGCCACUUUCGACCGGAUCUUCCUCAACUACCGGCUCAUCUUCAUCCGUAGUGGCAGCAGCGGCUGUGGCCGCUUCGGCGGCUUCCUCCACACACCUAAGUCACCUGGGUGGAGGUGUUGGAUCACUCGGUCAUCACCAUCACCUGCUGCAUCAUCACCAUCAUCACCUGCCGUUGGGUGGAGGUGGUGCCAGUCUCGGAAGUAGCAGCAACAUCAGCAGCCAGAUCGGUUCGACAACAAGCGGAUCCGUGCAGUUGACACCGGCGUUGACUGAGGAUCAAGUGGCGAAGAUCGUACAGGCAGCUGAACGAUUGUCACGUACACUUCCCCGGCUUGAACCACGCCAGCAAAGCAUCAAGAAGCGAUCUGCCCGUGAUCUGGAAGCCGUGAUCGCGAUGAGUGAGGCUGAUCCAAGGCGGAUGGACGAAAUCCGCAAGUACUCAGCCAUUUAUGGACGGUUUGAUUGCAAGCGCCGUCCUGAGAAACCGCUCACGUUGCACGAGGUGUGCGUGAAUGAGGCUGCUGCUCAGAUCUGCAAGUACAUCCCGGCCUUGCUAACCCGGCGUGAUGAGUUAUUCCCACUGGCAAGGCAGGUUGUGCGAGACUGUGGUUUUGGCCAUUCGGCCAGCAUACGGCUGACCGGUUUGAGCCAAACGCAACAGAAUCGCGGUGAUGAACUUGACACAGUGCAGCAGCUAAAACGGGCUCGACUCUCGAGCGACACGAGCUCGGACAUGGGCAAGGAAAACUCCGAUGAUAAUCGCGAUAUUUCGAGCGGCUCCAUUUACCAGCAGAUCAGUGACAAACCCUUCGAUUUAACUGAUUCAAGUAAAUUUUCGUACGCUAGAUCCGAAUUUGAUGACACAGAUUCUCGAUUUAGUUUUAGCAAUUCAAGUUCGUCACCAGUUCAAGCUGGAAAUGGAGCCGACCGAGAUUUGAGCGAUCCCGAUUUCGGGGAUUUACGAUCCCACACACCCCGUAUGCUGGAUCCAACAGGUGGCUCACUGGGCGUGCAGGUUAUCUCAUCAUCCGGAGGUCACAUCAUUGCCGUAGCCAACCCAGCCCUUGCUCUCAGUCCAGCGCUCAGCGAGGCGAUCUCCAUCAAACGGGAAGCCAUCUCGCCGGACCUCUGA